AUGCAGCUGCCGGGGCACUGGUUGGCGAUCCUUUGUGCCUUGCUGUCGGUCUGCUAUGGCACCUACGUACCAAUAUCCCAGGCUACGGUGGACGGGUUGUCCGUCAAGUAUGCGGACAAGGAGUUCCUUGUGAAGCAGAAAUUCUUCUUCGAGAUUCUACGCCAUCUUCAUCAACCGAUCGCGUUUGAAGAGUAUCUCCCAUUCACCGGCCGUUGGGUGACGGAUCCGAGCAAAUAUGCGAAUUACACCGAAGUGAACGAGUUUAUACAAACCUACCAGCAGGGUUUGCUGAGAAAGGGUCAAAUAUUUACCAUCUACAACUACUGGUACGCCAAACAGACACUGCAGCUGUACCGGUUCUUCGACAAUGCGAUCGAUUGGGAUACGUACUACAAGAACGUGAUCUGGGCGCGUCAUAACCUCAACGAAGGAAUGUUCCUCAGCGCACUGACGCUCUCCGUGCUCCACCGUGCAGAUCUGCAGGGCAUUAUUUUACCGGCCAUCUACGAAAUUUACCCACACUACUUCUUCGACGGUGAUGUGUUUCAUGAUGCGGCCAAUAGGCGCGCCAUGGACCCAAGCUACGGUUUCCACGCGAACAAACGGCACAAUUUGGCACUGUCCAACUACACCACCACGUUUGCGACACAGUUCUACGGUGAAGGAUCACUGUCAUACUUUACGGAGGAUGUGGGCCUGAACUCGUACUACUACUACUUCAUGAUGGAUUAUGCACCAUUCCUGGGCGGCGAUAAGCUCGGCUUGAAGAACGACCGAAGAGGUGAGCUGUAUCUGUUCAUGCAUCAGCAGCUUCUCGCCCGGUACUACCUCGAGCGUAGCUCCAACGGUUUGGGUCCGAUUCAGGAACUUACCUGGGAGUCGCCGAUUGCAACCGGGUACUAUUCAAUGCUACGCUACUGGAACGGCGUACCGUUCCGAUCGCGCGAAAACAAUUUCCUUUGGCGUCCGUACGAUCCCAUUAAGCUGAGCGGACUGAAAGCAUACGAGGAGCGCGUUCGGCAGGCGAUCGAUCAGGGGUACGUGGUGACGCGCGAUGGACAGCAUAUCAACCUGCGGCAACCGGAAGCGAUCGAUAUCGUGGGCAAUCUCGUGAGCGGCACCGUUGACAGUGUGAACGUGGACUACUACAAGAUGAUCGAAACGACGGCACGGAUGAUAUUGGCCCAGGGCGACUACUACGGGUCGGCCAGUGAAGUUUGGCCGGGUGUGCUGAUGCACUACGAAACAUCGAUGCGCGAUCCCGUGUUCUAUCAGCUCUACCAGCGGCUGUUGAGCUUCUACUGGGAUUUCAAAAGCUAUCUACCACCGUACACCGUCGAUCAGCUGAAGUUUGAAGGUGUUGAGAUUAAGGGGGCGUCGGUGGAAAAACUGAUCACGUACUUCGAACCUUUCGAUGUGGACAUUAGCAACGGGCUCGGGUUCAACUAUGGCGCAGAGCAAUCGACGUGGAAUUUCAGCGUGUAUGCGCGGAAGCAGCGCCUGAACCAUAAACCUUUCAGCUACGUGCUGAACAUCAGCGCCCAAUUUGCUGGCAAGGGUGUCGUGCGGAUGUACAUGGGACCCAAAAUGUUCCACCUGAACCAGCUACAGUACAUGAAGAAGUUUUUCGUCGAGAUGGAUCAGUAUACGGUGGACCUGGUGGUGGGCGACAAUCAGAUCAAGCGUAAUACGCGCGAGUUCUACUACGAUAUUCGCGAUAGGACGACGUACACCGAGCUGUACCAGCGCAUCAUGAAGGCGUACAAGGGCGAGGAGCAAUUUGUGCUCGAUAUGUCCGAGGUGCAUUGUGGUUGGCCCGAUCGGCUGCUUCUGCCAAAGGGCCACCCGCACGGGUUUCCGCUGAGCUUCUUCUUCAUCGUGACGCCCUUCUAUCCACCGAAGAUGGCGCAAUUUUCCAACUUUGAUUCAACGUACACGUGCGGUACGGGGUCGGGUUCGAAGUACAUCGAUGCGUUACCAUUCGGAUUUCCCUUCGAUCGUGAGAUUAAUUUUAGCAAUUUCGCUACGAAAAAUAUGCUCUUCACCGAUGUGGUGGUGUACCAUGUCGAUGGGAAUCAAACGAACGAAUCGCACUAA